AUACAUUUUAGCCAAAGUAAUGAGAUUUGACAUCUAGGAUCUUUUUCAUUUGUGACCAGACUGAUGAGAUGUGACAUUUAUAAUUUGAGAAUGAUGUUAAGAUAGAACAAGGUUAUUAUAGGAUGCCUCCAUCUCUCAGACGGUCACGAUCUCAGAGUGUAAAGAGAAAUGCCUCAUUCACAGAUGGUGUGAGCUGGCUACAGAUCAAACAUGAAGGGUUCAUAAGAAGAUUGUCUGAUUCCUUCUAUCCUUUAAGAAGGGAUAGCAGUAAAAUGAACAUCCCUCAUCGUAUCUUGACCCCAGAUGAAGAUAAAACAUUCAGUAAGACUCUGGAGAGUGACAGCAGCACAGAAUUUGUUACAGCACAUAACUCUCUGGCAGAUGGAACCAGUCAAGGAAGUCAGGAAUCACUAGACAAACAGUCACAGACCACCAAAAAGUUUGAUGCUGUAGUUUUCGAUGUAUUACGGGUCUCACCAGAUGAUUAUGCUAGUCAGAUUACCUUGAUGGAUUUACCUGUGUUCCAGGACAUAUUUCCUGAUGAACUAACAUCAUGUGCAUGGACAACAAAAGAGAAAUUGAUAAAAGCCCCUAAUGUUGUGGCUUUUACCAGGAGAUUUAAUCAUGUAAAUUUUUGGGUUCAGCGAGAGAUUUUAAAUUGUCAGACACUGAAUACCAGAGCAGAAGUUUUGGCUCAUUUUAUAAAAAUUUCCAAGAGAUUAUUAGAAUUAAACAAUUUACAUGCGGUAAUGGCUGUGAUAUCAGCUUUACAGAGUGCUGCUAUUUUUAGAUUGUCCAAGACCUGGAUGAAAUUAUCCAGAAAAGACAAAGCUGUAUACGAAAAAAUUGCUGAUUUAUUUUCUGAAAAUAACAACAGACAACGAUUACGAGAUUACAUGGACAGUGUUAAAUUGCCAUGUAUCCCAUAUUUAGGUUUAUAUUUAUCCGAUUUGAUCUACAUCGAUGUGGCACACCCUCACUCUGGAGGCCUAGAAAGCCACCCAAGGAGAUUACAGAUGAAUAAUAUAUUAAGAGUUAUAGCUGACUUUCAACAAUCCAGUUAUGAUAAUGUACAAGUAUUAGAUCAUAUUCAGAAUUAUUUAAAAUCUGUCCGUUACAUAGAGGAAUUACAAAAGUUUGUAGAAGACGAUAAUUACAAACUUUCAUUAAAAGUUGAACAGCCAAUGAGUGAGAACCUCUCAUCAUCAAAAGAAGAUAUACAGAUAAUGGUGGCGCCCCCUUCUCCAGCAACAGAACCCCGUAAUGUGUUGACGUCAUGUGCUGGUCUUACAAAAAAUGGUCCCUCACACAGAAAAACUAAAAGUUUAAGUGCAAAUUUCCUAAGUUGUCAUAAACCUGCAGCAGAUAAAACCUAUAGUUUACCCAGUAAGGCAACGGCACCUUAUAUACAAGGCAUUAGACAUCUCUUGGAUGACAGUGUUCUGGAGGAAUCACCGUGUGCCUCUAGUGAUGGCUCAAUAUGUGGUAGAAUCUCAGAAAGUGCUGAUACAGCAGAUACAAGUUCAACAGAUCAGGAGACUUUUUGGCCUUUGAGAAGUCAGCAAUGGAGAGAAUCUGACGACAUACAGAAUAAUUACCGACAAAACUUCACCUGUGAAGGUUGUUUACGGAGAAGAACUAUUUUAAAAGAUGGCAAAAAACCAACGGUUUCAUCGUGGACAAGAUACUGGGUAGCCUUAUGGGGAACGUCGUUAUUAUAUUAUCCUGCCAAGACAUUAAGAGGGUCAGAAAGAUCAUGUUUUAAAACCAGUCCCACAAAGAUGACAUCAAUAGUGGGAUGGAUGGUAGUAAUGGGAGAUAAUCCACUUCAACCUGAUGCAUUCCAGCUUACAGAUCCAAUGAAAGGCAAUGUUUAUAAAUUUCGAUGUGGCAGUCAGGCACAGGCUUUACAAUGGUGCAGACAUUUAAGUGAUGCCACAAACAGGUUCCAACCACAGACUCCUGCUAAUUUGAUGUCAUUUGAUUGAGAGUUCUUAUUUACAAAUGGUGGGAAGUCAAUAGGUACCUUUACCGAACAUUGUGCCAAAUGUUUGCCAAACAAUGUGAUGAAGGAAGAUGUCAGGGUUGCCAUAGUGACAAUACUCAGUCCCUUCUGUCAUAAUAAACAAUGGCAGUGAUUGCAUUGCACUCUUGUGAUCUAAAUAUGGUCAUCAUAACCAUAUAUGGACAUAUACUUUAAUGGGAGUGUAUUAUCUCUUUAAGGGAACCAGUCAUAAUAAACAGUAUUUUAAUGCCAGUUAUUAUUUAAUUCUGUUAAUGUAAUUCUUAUGUUUCUGGAUCAUGUGAUAAAUAUAGCAUAAUAUAUAUCAACGCUUUACAAUAAGGUUGAAUGCGACAUUACUGAAGAUGUUAUCUUUGUAAAAUUACUGAAUUUCUUUAUUAUUAUAAAAAAAAACCAUAACAGGUACUUUCAAUUGGGUGAAACUGUGAACUUAGAAAACAUCACUUGUGCUGUUGUGAACGUUUGAAAUAUAAAAAAAUCCUCUAAAGAUAUCAACACUUUUAAGCAAUGAAUAUUCUUUAUUAGUUUUCAGAAGGAAAUAAUGUCAAAUGUCUAUUUUCUAUGGUUAUAGUUUCAAUAUUUGACUUUUUUUCAUUUUUUCCAUUUUAACAAUGUUAUGGAUUUCUCUGAUAAUAAUUUAUAUUGUCAGCUUUUGCCAUGGUAGCCUGGUCAAAUAUCAACUAUUUUUAGGCUGACUGUCAUUUAAGCUGCUGAUGUGGUCACAGUUUGAAAUAUAUUUUUUUAAACUGUUUAUAGUUUUGUAUCAACCUUAGAGGUGGUUGACAGUACUGUGCUUGACAUUCAAAUGAAGAAGAAAAAACUGUGACCAGUUAAAAUUAUUUUAAUAUAAAGCAUUCCAUAUUUGGGAAUUUCGAUUUUUGCAGAAUAAAUAUUAAUUAGAUCUGAUGAAUUUAUUCAUACAUUAUUUCGAUAUGCAAUUGUUAGUUGACAAUUUUUAUGCAGUUACCAUUUUUAACACGUAUGUUUAUCUUUUCCCUAUUCAUGUCAGAUUUGAUGACCUAAUUGGCCACUGUUCUCCCUAAGCACUCAUACUAAAUGAAAGAAACAAUAUUUUCAAAAGAUGCUUAAAUGACUUGUCUUUUACUUUAUGGUACAUUAAUAUGCUAUGCAAUAUGAUGCUUGGGAUUGUCAGGAUUUUUGCCAUCUUGCUUGUAAUGAGUAGACUUGCCAUAGUUUGGGGCGACUACACUUAACUUGUUGACGUCUGCUGUUGGGUGUAUUUUUUUUAAUGACAUUGUAUAUCAUGUUUAGUAGAAAAUCAAUAUUUUAAUUUUAUAAACCAUUAAUUAAAUAACAAAAACUAUAAGUUUUACUGAGACGUAUGAAUAUAAUUCAAAUAUUACAUAUAUAGGGAUGUACAACAUCUUAUGAAUGAAUAAUGUGAGCAUGUAAGGAUUUAUGUUUUGUUCUCAUUUUAAAACAAAAACAUGAUUAUAAAAAAAUCAUUUAAAUUAUGAUUUUAAGUGCAAAAUUAAAUAGAUUGAAAUAUUUUCUUUCUAUUUCAUGGUUUCAUAAUGCAGGCCUUUAAUUUUUUUUGGUUAGAAAGAAAAUGCCUUCCCAUUACUUUCUAGAGGUUACAUUUUGAAAUACUUGUUAUUUUGAAAGUGGUGCUUUUGAAAUGGAUUUCUGCUGAGAUUUUAGUGCUAUUAUUGUGUGCUUAAUGUAAUGAGUGUUUUGUAAAGGCUCCUGAAAUAGUGAAACAAAAUAUCUGUUGAAAA